AUGACUCCAACACUGGUUUUCUUUAAAGAUGCCAGAGAGAUCAAGAGACAGAGAGAUCAAGAGACAGAGAGAUCAAGAGACAGAGAGAUCAAGAGACAGAGAGAUCAAGAGACAGAGAGAUCAAGAGACAGAGAGAUCAAGAGACAGAGAGAUCAAGAGACAGAGAGAGAGAGAGAGAGAUCAAGAGACAGAGAGAGAGAGAGAGAGAGAGAGAGAGACAGAGAGAGAGAGAGAUCAAGAGACAGAGAGAGAGAGAUCAAGAGACAGAGAGAGAGAGAGAGCAAGAGACAGAGAGAGAGAGAGAGAGCAAGAGACAGAGAGAGAGCAAGAGACAGAGACAGAGAGAGAGCAAGAGACAGAGACAGAGAGAGAGCAAGAGACAGAGACAGAGAGAGAGCAAGAGACAGAGACAGAGAGAGAGCAAGAGACAGAGACAGAGAGAGAGCAAGAGACAGAGACAGAGAGAGAGAGAGCAAGAGACAGGACAGAGAGAGAGAGAGCAAGAGACAGGACAGAGAGAGAGAGAGCAAGAGACAGGACAGAGAGAGAGAGAGCAAGAGACAGGACAGAGAGAGAGAGAGCAAGAGACAGGACAGAGAGAGAGAGAGCAAGAGACAGGACAGAGAGAGAGAGAGCAAGAGACAGGACAGAGAGAGAGAGAGCAAGAGACAGGACAGAGAGAGAGAGAGCAAGAGACAGGACAGAGAGAGAGAGAGCAAGAGACAGGACAGAGAGAGAGAGAGCAAGAGACAGGACAGAGAGAGAGAGAGCAAGAGACAGGACAGAGAGAGAGAGAGCAAGAGACAGGACAGAGAGAGAGAGAGCAAGAGACAGGACAGAGAGAGAGAGAGCAAGAGACAGGACAGAGAGAGAGAGAGCAAGAGACAGGACAGAGAGAGAGAGAGCGAGAGACAGGACAGAGAGAGAGAGAGCGAGAGACAGGACAGAGAGAGAGAGAGCGAGAGACAGGACAGAGAGAGAGAGAGCAAGAGACAGGACAGAGAGAGAGAGAGCAAGAGACAGGACAGAGAGAGAGAGAGCAAGAGACAGAGAGAGAGAGAGAGCAAGAGACAGAGAGAGAGAGAGCAAGAGACAGAGAGAGAGAGAGCAAGAGACAGAGAGAGAGAGAGCAAGAGACAGAGAGAGAGAGAGAGCAAGAGACAGAGAGAGAGAGAGAGAGCAAGAGACAGAGAGAGAGAGAGAGAGAGCAAGAGACAGAGAGAGAGAGAGAGCAAGAGACAGAGAGAGAGAGAGAGCAAGAGACAGAGAGAGAGAGAGAGCAAGAGACAGAGAGAGAGAGAGAGCAAGAGACAGAGAGAGAGAGAGAGCAAGAGACAGAGAGAGAGAGAGCAAGAGACAGAGAGAGAGAGAGCAAGAGACAGAGAGAGAGAGAGAGCAAGAGACAGAGAGAGAGAGAGAGAGAGCAAGAGACAGAGAGAGAGAGAGAGCAAGAGACAGAGAGAGAGAGAGAGCAAGAGACAGAGAGAGAGAGAGAGCAAGAGACAGAGAGAGAGAGAGAGAGAGCAAGAGACAGAGAGAGAGAGAGAGAGAAGAGAGAGAGAGCAAGAGACAGAGAGAGAGAGAGAGAGCAAGAGACAGAGAGAGAGAGAGCAAGAGACAGAGAGAGAGAGCAAGAGACAGAGAGAGAGAGCAAGAGACAGAGAGAGAGCAAGAGAUAGAGAGAGCAAGAGAUAG